GAGCGACAUGCCCCCGGCCGCUGAGGCAGAGCUGCCCGUGGCGCUGUUUUUCUGAGUCCAGGGUGGCCUGGUGGCCGGCCGGGGACGAGGGUCGGCGGGGGCUGCCCCCGCGGUGGUGCCCGCCAUGCUGGAGACUUGGGCGGUUGAGGGAGCCGCCGUGACGCUCCUGCGACUGUUGCUGCUGCUGCUGCUGCCGGCGCUCCGGGGACCUGGGCUCGGCGUGGCCGGCGCAGUGGGGGCCGGGCUGCCGGAGAGCGUCAUUUGGGCGGUCAAUGCUGGCGGCGAAGCGCAUGUGGAUGUGCACGGGAUCCACUUCCGCAAGGACCCCUUGGAAGGCCGGGUGGGCCGAGCCUCAGACUAUGGCAUGAAACUGCCAAUCCUGCGCUCCAACCCCGAGGACCAGAUCCUGUAUCAAACCGAGAGGUACAAUGAGGAGACCUUUGGCUAUGAAGUACCCAUCAAGGAGGAGGGGGACUAUGUCCUGGUGUUGAAAUUCGCUGAGGUCUACUUUGCACAGUCUCAGCAGAAGGUGUUUGAUGUGCGCUUGAAUGGCCACGUGGUGGUGAAGGACUUGGACAUCUUUGACCGCGUUGGGCACAGCACAGCUCAUGAUGAGAUCAUCCCCAUGAGCAUCAGAAAGGGGAAGUUGAGUGUCCAGGGGGAGGUAUCCACCUUCACAGGGAAACUCUCCAUUGAGUUUGUCAAGGGGUACUAUGACAAUCCCAAAGUCUGUGCGCUCUAUAUCAUGGCUGGGACGAUAGAUGAUGUACCAAAGCUGCAGCCUCAUCCAGGAUUGGAAAAGAAAGAAGAGGAAGAAGAAGAAGAAGAAUAUGAUGAAGGGUCGAAUCUCAAAAGACAGUCCAACAAGAACCGGGUGCAGUCAGGCCCCCGCACGCCCAACCCCUAUGCCUCGGACAACAGCAGCCUCAUGUUCCCCAUCCUGGUGGCCUUUGGAGUCUUCAUUCCAACCCUCUUCUGCCUCUGCCGGCUGUGAGAACAAAUGGUCAUCCUGAACAGGGCGGAGGGGUAUGGGAAAGAAACCAAACAUGUUAGUUUGGGUUUCUGUGUUUUUCACAAUGAUUAA